AUGAAAGCACACGAUAAAUUUGAAUUGAAUGUUAAGAAUGAUUGUACGAAAGCCUUCAUGUCCGCAUUAUUCGACUGCGGACAUGGACAUAAAAGAGUACAAGUUAGGUGCAAUUGGCGAGAUUUUACCAUGGGGAAGGACCUUGUAUUAAACUUACAUACCACAUGUGAAAUAUGCAAGGCAAAACUUGCAGGAGAUCAAAUUCCUUCCCGUGAGCGCCAAAAUACGGAAAAUAUUCAGAGCAGCCUUGAACUACCUCAAUAUUCCAGAAAUACUCUUGAUGUGGAACCCAACGAAGGACAUACAGAACAAUCAAAAUCUUAUCUACUCUAUGCAGGAAACAAAUUACGCAACAUGGCAUUCGAGGUGUCAGAAAAGAUUAAAAAUGAAAUGAGCUCUGAAGCUGAUGCAGCUGCUUCUACCAACCAAACAGUUGACCAUUAA